UUUUGGUGUGCGGUAACCAUCUUCCACGACCGAGCAUGAAGACUGUGGAGUGUUACUUCCAUCGAACUUUACGGAGCAGAUAUGGAGAGUCCUGCAGGUAUUGACACACGCCAAAGAUGAUUUUUUGGGGCGAAACGUCUUUAAGAAGGGAGCAAUGAAACGAAUCUGAAGCCCCCCUGACUGGUUGUACUGUUACACCAGCCGACUCAUCGAACAAUCACAUGCCCUCACCCCGAAAGAAUGCAGUCUGGAACUGCCGGUAAAAUUCUAAACGAGUACCGAACUGUCUACAGAAUUCUCGAAAGGACCUUUACCGAUAUAAGCCCGUCUUUCCGACCCAAGAGGGCAGUUUAGAAAGUGAAUCAAGCAGCUAAAGAAGAAAUUCGAAUAGUGGAAAUAAAUUAAACGUUAGUUGUCAAGUAUUGUAAUAAAUAAAUAGGUUUGUGAUUAUUGAAAUAUUGUUGAAAAUAAAUUUGUUUAAGACAGUUAAUUCAUUGAUUUGCCACAAUAUUUAUAAUAUAUUGCCACCCACUGUUAAAGAUUUACCAACAUUUCGUUUCAAGAGGUUUUCCAAAAAUUUCUUGACAACACAUUGUUUUUAUAGUGGCAACGAGUACCUGGCUACACCAACUCACAUGUUUGAAUGUGAAUCAUUUUUAUUGUGGCCUGUAAUUACCAUAUAUUUUCGUCAAUUUUAAUUGCAAUAUUAUUCACAUCAUGUUUGUGUCUCUCAUAUACAUUUGCGUCACCACUGGGGAUAGUUUUUUUUUAUUAUUUUAUUUGUAACCUAUUUGAAAUAUUUGUUGAUUGUUCAUAUAUUUGUAUGGCUCAAACAUUAUUGUUUUGACUUGCUACAAAUGUAUUUUUUUUACAUUACGUGGUUAAAUAAACUAUCUAUCUAUAUAUAGAUGGCAUCUCCUAGGAAGAUAUGUCAUCAUCGCCUUUACUUUCAGGCUUGUCCUGUUUAGAACAGUUCAAUGGUUCAACCUAGAACCACUGAUGAGACCUGGUGGGUCGAAACAGCGCUGUUGAAUCACAAGUCCAUCUAAUUAACUAUGCAUGUCUGCAUUUUUUCAAAUCUAAAUUACAUGAUAAUUUUCAAAAAUUAAACGUCAAUUACUUUGAUGUGAAAUUUUCGCUUUCUUAUAUUUAUAUUAUAAUUCACACUCCAGAGGCACCAUAAAAUACUGUGAACUAUUUCAGCUCAAUUUCACUAAUAUAUGAUUUAUAUGAACCUGUGUCAAUCAAGUAUAUCGAAGGUUUAACGCACAGAUGUGUUAAGUACAAUUCUGGGGUAAACUGUGUUAAGUGCGUCACUGAGUAUAUAGUUGAUAUAUCUUUGUUGUGCCCAAAUGUGGUGAUUGUUUUCGAAGUGAAAGUCAUCUUAGUCGAGUUGAUUAAAUUAGUUAAGUACCGGUAAAUAGACUCACAAUCGUGGUAAGUGCACUUGACACCUGUGGUAUUUUAAGUUAGGGUAUAUAGUUGAUAUAUGUUUGUUGUGCCCAAAUGUGGUGAUUGUUUUCGAAGUGAAAGUCAUCUUAGUCGAGUUGAUUAAAUUUGUUAAGUACCGGUAAAUAGACUCACAAUCGUGGUAAGUGCACUUGACACCUGUGGUAUUUUAAGUUAGGAUGUGGUUAGAUACGCACUUGUGCUAUGUGAUCACUUACAAAAUUUGUGUUCCUUAUUUAGUGACAGAAACAGUUUAUAAUGCGACCGUAGAAGAAAAAAUACUUGCUGUAAAAGCGCACAUUAAUUCAUUUCCUCUUAUCAAGUCUCACUAUUGCAGAAAAGGUACGCGAAGACUCUAUUUAGCACCCAAGUAGAAUUUGUCCCGUAUGUAUCGACUAUACCAAGAUGACUAUUAUAAAGAAAGGAACAUUACACCAGUGUCAUACUUUGUAUACCGCAAUAUUUUCAAUUCAUUUGAUGCAUCACUGUUAUUCUUCAUUUCUAAAAAAGAUCAGUGCACUACAUGUAAUUCCUACCAUUCUUCCACUGAUAAACUAUUUUGCAAGACAACUGGGACAAAAAUAAAAAGCGAGAAGAGGAAGAUAUGAAAAUGAAUCUUUGGAUAAGCUGAAGACGAUUGCUGAUAAAGGUAUCACCUACAGAUCAAUACCUUUUGAUCUUGAAUCAGUUUCAAGCAAAAAACGACUUUGGAUUGGUCAUCUUUUAAUUUGAAACAGAAGUAUACCUCCAAGCUGCUGAUAACGAAAUCUAAGAAAACCAAAACCGAUCUCUUAGAGUUCUUGAAACUAAAAGUAAUUCCUGAAGAUUAUAGGAAUUUUAUAGAAGAAAUACCGACGGCCAACCGAAUAAUGAACGUCGUUUGAACUAUUGUUUAAGAAAUGCCACCUUGGUUGAAAAUAAGUAUUUACUUCUUUUAGUGAAAUUAUUUCAUUCAAUUUGAAUAGUUGAGUAGGUCAUUACUUUCAAGUAAUCACACAAAUGAGGUAAGUACCUCAUGUUAGUUUCAAAAUGUGUUAAGUGACUCAAACAAUUAUUUGUUAUUUUUCUAAUUACUUGCCCACUGAAUAUCUGAAACAAAGUUGUUAUUUGCUUUGUUACUUAAUGGAAAACUCGGCUAAAAAAAUCAAAAUCAUUAACGAUAGAGAAGUGUGUGCAGUAGCCGACUUUUGUUAUUGAGAUGGUAAAUUACAAAUUUUGGAAAAUCACCAAAUUGUAACCUUAACACGUGUGCGUUAAACCAUCGAUAUAUGCACUUGAGGUAAUUCUUUCUAAUUUUUGUUUGAUUUGAAACCUUCUUUUCCUUACAAAUGAACAUUUUGUAGAUCUCAUCCUAGUUAUCUAUAAAAAAUCUAUACCUUCUUUUGUUGGCUACGAUAGUGAGACAUAGUGCUAAUUUCAAUUUUCUUUUCAGCCAUUACAGAAUUUGCUAACUCGAGAAAUAAAGAUUGUGUUAUCGAAACAAUGAGGAUUCUAGGGAAUUUGUCUAGGUCCAAAAUAACCCGCUCCUACAUAGUGGAGACAGAGUUAUUCAAAACUUUAUUAAAUAUAUUGAGCAAAGCUGACCCUACACUUCUGAAAACAGCAGUGGGAGUUUUUGUCAAUUUGAUGUCUGAUAAUCGAUCCAGGACUUUAUUCAAAAAUAGUGAAGGAGUUGAGCAGAUGAUCAAAACUUUGACAAAUCAUUGCGAUAAUGAUUGGUCAUUAGGCAAUCUAGUUUGUCAAGUACUCUGGAAUUAUUGCAUCGAAGUUGUUGAUUUACACGAACUCUUUUCAGAAACACAAAUCCACAAAUUAUUGGUGAUACUUGCCGAUUAUUUAGAUGAAGAAAAGUUAUUUGGCAUUGACGAGCACAUGGAAGAUAUGAAUGUUUAUGUUACUCAAGAAUAUCUAAUUUGGGAAGAAUUUGCAAGUGUAGCUACUAAUCUAUUGGAAAAAAUAGAAUAUUUUUUGGAUACUUUUGAUCAAAUCAAUAUAGAGGAUGAGAAACCAAAUUUACCUGCGAAAUCCAAAGAUUCUAGCACAAAUCUUAGCUUCUCGGCUUGGUAGAAUUUAUAUUGGAGUAGCAAUAUCAUACUAGUCUAUAUAAAUUAUGUUGAUUUAUGUAUAAUUUAAUAGUGUUAUGUAUUAUAUACAGAUAUCUAUAUAUUGUACAAGAAAUGAAAAAUUAAAAUAUAUACUCAAGUGCAACAUUA